GCCUCGCCUGCUCCAUCCCGUGUGGCGGCGACUCAGGCAGCCCAUUGACUAUUGACUACCUAUUGUUCGUAUCUCCGUAGUCUGUCCCGGCCCUGCACCACCUUGCCUAUAUAACCAUGGCCCCUCCGAGCUCGCACCGCCAUUUCCCAUGACUCUGUGACCGCCUCCGUCCUUUGACUGUUCUCGUUUCCCUCUCAUUUCUAUCUCGCUUCCAUCUCGUUUCCAUUCCCUUUUCGUUACACAGCAUUGGUCUUGUCCUUCUACUUUUGCUGUAUACUACCCCUCAGCGCGUCCCUUCGUCGUCUCUUAUCUCGACCUUGGCGUCUCUGUCCACGCGACCCCCACCCAGUACCUAGCAUUCUCCAUCCUCCCCCAGAUUUGUCACACCUCCUUCAGUUCUGCCUCUUCUCUCCAGACGAAGAAUCACACCGCAAUCAUGCACGGCUACAGCUCAUCCGAGGAGUCGGACGACCCGCGUCGGCCUCGUGCGCCGCCAGCAACGACGACCACUACACAGGAUCAGAAGAAGCGCAAGAAGAAGAAGCUCCCCCCUCAAAAGUCCAUCAAUCGCAUUUGGAAGAAGUUCUCCAAGCGCAAGUUCCAAACUGCACUCGCCGUCCUGCCGUUUGAUCCCGUUCAACCCCCAGCCAUCUCCAACCAGCCCAAUGAGCUGCUAUCGGCCGGAUAUACUCGAGCUGCCGAGGAAUGUCGGCGCAAAGUUGAAAAGAUUAUCAAGGAGUGCAAGCGGGUGAAUAUGCGCUACCGAGACCCUGGUUGGGACCUUGAUUGGGAUCUCAAGUACGAAAAGGGCUACUGCCUGAACAGCCUGGGCGGCCAGAAGUUUGAGAUUGGACGAACCACCCUGUUGAGCGCAAAGGCCAAUGUGCCCAAGGCUGUGAAGCGAGUGCACCAGAUCUUCGAAAACCCCACCUUCAUGAAAGUCGUCGAUGGAGGCGAUUUGAAGCAGGGCGGCUUGGGCGAUUGCUGGAUCAUGUCCAGCAUGACCGCCCUCGCGAGUGUUGAGGACGGCAUCAAGCGCCUAUGUGUUGCCCAUAAUACGAAAAUCGGCAUCUACGGAUUCGUCUUUUACAGAGACGGCGAAUGGGUCUACUCCAUCAUCGACGACAAGCUGUACCUCAAGUCUCCAACCUGGGACUCUCCUAGCAUGCAGCGCGAUCUGCUGCAGCAAAUCGAUCGCGAGGACGUAGAGAAUGUGUACCGGAAAACCUAUCAGACUGGUUCCAAGGCACUUUUCUUCGCUCAGUGCAAGGACCAGAACGAGACCUGGGUGCCUCUUCUCGAGAAGGCAUACGCCAAGGCGCAUGGCGACUAUGCCAGCUUGUCUGGCGGCUGGAUCGGAGAAGGCCUGGAGGAUCUGUCUGGCGGUGUCACCACGGAACUUUUCACCUCUGAUAUCCUAGACACCGACGAGUUUUGGGAGAACGAGGUGUCACGUGUAAACGAGGAGUUCCUGUUCGGCGCCUCCACCGGCCUCCUCGAGUAUGGCUAUGGCGACCGCAAUGGCAUCUCAGAGGGCCACGCAUACGUCAUCAUGGAAGCCAGGACACUCAAGAGCGGCCAGCGCCUUGUCAAGCUUAGAAACCCUUGGGGCAAGGUCCGCAAGGGUCUCUGGGAGGGCGCGUGGAGCGAUGGCUCCAAGGAGUGGACAAGGGAGACGCAGGAGGAGCUUAACCACACAUUCGGCAGCGACUCGGUCUUCUGGAUCUCCUACGAAGACCUGAUCCGCAAAUACUCGCACUUUGAUCGAACUCGCCUCUUCCGAGACCCCGACUGGAGAUGCUGCCAGCGAUGGAUCGGCGUCGAUGUUCCAUGGAAGGCCGAGUAUCACGAAAAGUUUCACAUCAAGCUGACCAAGGACUCGCCUCUUGUCAUGGUCCUCUCCCAGCUAGAUAAACGAUACUUCAAGGGUCUCCACGGACAGUACAGCUUCCGUCUUCAUUUCCGCCUUCACUACCAGGAAAGUCCCGACGCUGAAGACUACAUUGUGCGAUCCCACGGCAACUACUUGAUGGACAGAUCCGUCUCGGUCGAGCUCCCAGACAUGCCUGCCGGCAAUUAUGUCGUUUACCUCAAGGUAACAGGCGAGCGAGAUUCGUCUCUCAAGUCCGUUGAGGAGGUGGUCAAGCGCGAGUGUUCGGAGCGGGUCGAGAACGAGAAGCUGGCUCAGGUCGGCUACGCCUACGACCUCGCCCACAGCAAGGCCUGGGACCACAUGGACAAGGUCGUGAAGCUGCGCAACAAGAAGGAGCAGGAGAAGGCAUCCGGCUGCCGUCAGAAGGAGCGUCGUAAGAUGUGGGAGAAGAGGCACGCUAAUCGCGAGGUCGCUAAGAAGCAGACUGAGAAGAACAAGGAGAAGAAACAGCGACGACGCGAGGUGUGGGAGGCUGCCCAGGACGCCAAGGAGAAGGCUGAGAAGGAAGCCCAGGCCAAAGCUGAGGCUGAAGCCGAAGCCAAAGCAGUGGAAGAGAAGACUGCUGAAGCAAAGGUAUCCAAUGACGAGAUUUCCUCCGAGGAGAAGAAGUCGGAUGUGAAGCUUGAGGCCGAGGACGACAAGACGACUGAGGAGAAGCCCUCCGAGAAGUCGGCCUCAGAAGACAACGAGACUCCUAUCGUGGUCGACAAGGAGGAUGGAUCUGAGGAGAAGACCUCGGAGCAGCAGGCUGAGGAUUCUGAAAAGUCAGACUCCAAGAACGUCGACGACUCCAAUGCAUCAGUGUCAACUAGCUCUCCCAUGGACACUCCCAAGUCCCAGGAUUCUUCCAUCGAUGUUUUGGCAGAGAAGAAGCAGGAGGUGCCACCUAUCAGCGGACCUCCUCCUCCUCCGGCGCCGCCGGCAGCCACUGAAGUCGAGGAGAAGAACAAGCCGGCCGUUUCUCGUCCCGCGUAUGAUUCGGCGGGCGAUUCCUCGGAUUCACCGGUCGAAGACUGGGAAGAGCUCUACAGCAGCGACGACAUGACUCGCAAGCCACGCAUCACCCCUCAGGCAGCGCCGCCUCAUCGUGACGACUACGACACGGAGGAGGAGAAGAUGCCGGAUCCGUGGAACGCCAUCGGCAUCAUCGGCAUCCGGGUCUACUCCAAGGACGAAAACCUUGAGCUUCGCACCGUUAUGGAGGGCGGCGAGCUUCUCGAGGGCGGCAUGGGCGAGAAGGGAGCUGCUGAUCUGGACGAUGCCCAGACAAAUGCCGCGGGUGUGCGAGCCGAGGAGAAAGACGGCGCAGACACGGCGAAGAUGGAGGGCGAGAUCGCCUCGUACCCUCCGGUGAUUCGAAAGGACGGCACCGAAAUCGACGUCGACGUCGAAGGUCAGGAGAAGAACUCGGCCAUCAAGAGCCUGCUCCACAUCGACUCCAUGGACUCAACGCGGAUGAACACGCCCGAGCCAACACCACUGGAAUCGGACAAGCAGCUCGAGCGGUCGUGAGUUAGACUCAAGACGGCCUGGAUAUUAGUCCGGGUAUUUGCGAUUAGCUAACCCCAUUGUACACGAAUUUCGAGGGGAUAUUAUGAUGACGGAAUGAACUGGAAAGAUUGCGUUUGCUUGCGACAUUGGGGUGGUGUUUUAUUACAGGGUGCUUCAGGAUUUCUCAGCUCUUUACACAGGAUCGCAGGCGAGACGACAGACACGAUAAAAUGCAUGACGUACAGAGACGACCGAUAGGAUACAACUCAACCGAUUUUUAAUGAAUUUUGCAACGUCUA